AUGCCACCAAUACAGGCAUCAAGGCUAAGAUUUGCUACAUCAACACCCUUUGAUGAUGGAACGCAAGGAUUGGAUACAACCAUUGGAGCCGGAGAGGAGUCAUUUUUAAACUUGGAAGGGGCGUCCCCAUCUAGCCAAGGAAGACCUAAGACUAGUAUAAAGUUACCAGAUGAGCAAAAGGGAGUGAUGUUAGAUGCUAAAAAGACAAACCUUCAUUUUGAUGGGACCGAAGUAGAAGUAUUCAUCAGAAGAGUAGAAAAGCUAGCCUUUAUACAGAAUGCGGGAACAGUGGAUCUAGCAUUCCAACUACCCCUCAUUAUCAACAACAAGAAAAUCAGUGAGGCUAUAGAACAGAUGGAGGGGCAUGAAACGGGAGACUGGGAACUAUUGAAGAAAGAAUUGACCCGCAAGUGGGGACAAGCCACACCAUUCAGAAAGUAUAGAGAAGAUGCCAUACCUCGAUUAGUUCAGAAGGCCCAAGAAGGUCAGGGCAUAAAAACCAGGAUGGAAUACAUGAAAUUUGUAGGAGAACUGGAAGAAAUGACCGACUACUUCACACAGAUGGGUUACAGCCACCUAAACCCCAAUAGCGGGAAUCCCCUUGGGAGUUCCUUGUCCACAGAACUUAAGAAGGAAGUGACUAAGGAACUAGCACAUGCCAAAAAGCUCAAAAAUACUAAAGAUGGCAGGAAUAUGAUCCUGGAACUAGAUAUCCUCAAGGAAUAUGUAGAAUUAGCCCUCAUCAUUAUUGAUUUUGACGAAGACAAGCCAUAA